AUGACGGCCUCUCCGGAUUACUUGGUGGUGCUUUUUGGGAUCACUGCUGGGGCCACCGGGGCCAAGCUGGGCUCGGAUGAGAAGGAACUGAUCCUGUUAUGGAAAGUGGUGGAUCUGGCCAACAAGAAGGUGGGACAGUUGCACGAAGUACUAGUUAGACCGGAUCAGUUGGAACUGACGGAGGACUGCAAAGAAGAAACUAAGAUAGACGCCGAAAGCCUGUCCUCGGCGUCGCAGCUGGACCAAGCCCUCCAACAGUUUAACCAGUCAGUGAGCAAUGAAUUGAAUAUUGGAGUAGGGACUUCCUUCUUUCCCUGUACUGGUGGGCAGCUUCACGUCAGGUAAAUCCUGCAUCCUGAGGCUUCCAAGAAGAAUGUAUUACUACCUGAAUGCUUCUAUUCCUUUUUUGAUCUUCGAAAAGAAUUCAAGAAGUGUUGUCCUGGUUCACCUGAUAUUGACAAACUGGAUAUUGCAGCAAUGACAGAGUGUUUAAACUUGAAGAAGAAUAGUUCAGUCUCCUGAUAUGGAGCCUCUCAAGUUGAAGAUAUGGGGAAUAUAAUUUUAGCAAUGAUUUCAGAACCUUAUAAUCACAUGUUUUCAGAUCCAGAGAGAGUAAAUUACAAAUUUGAAAGUGGUACUUGCAGCAAGAUGGAACUUAUUGAUGAUAACACCGUAGUCAGAGCAUGAGGUUUACCAUGGCAAUCUUCAGAUCAAGAUAUUGCAAGAUUCUUCAAGGGACUCAAUAUUGCCAAGGGAGGUGCAGCACUUUGUCUGAAUGCUCAGGGUCGAAGGAAUGGAGAAGCUCUGGUUAGGUUUGUAUGUGAGGAGCACAGAGACCUAGCACUACAGAGGCACAAACAUCACAUGGGGACUUGGUACAUUGAGGUUUACAAAGCAACAGGCGAAGAUUUUCUUAAAAUUGCUGGUGGUACGUCCAAUGAGGUAGCUCAGUUUCUCUCCAAGGAAAAUCAAGUCAUUGUCCGUAUGCGGGGGCUCCCUUUCACCGCCACAGCUGAAGAAGUAGUGGCCUUCUUUGGACAGCAUUGCCCCAUCACUGGGGGGAAGGAAGGCAUCCUCUUUGUCACCUACCCAGAUGGUAGGCCAACAGGAGAUGCUUUUGUCCUUUUUGCUUGUGAGGAAUAUGCACCGAAUGCAUUGAGGAAGCAUAAGGACUUGUUGGGUAAAAGAUACAUUGAACUCUUCAGGAGCACAGCAGCUGAAGUUCAGCAGGUGCUGAAUCGAUUCUCCUCGGCCCCUCUCAUCCCACUUCCAACCCCUCCCAUUAUUCCAGUACUACCUCAGCAAUUUGUGCCCCCUACAAAUGUUAGAGACUGUAUACAACUUCGAGGUCUUCUCUAUGCAGCCACAAUAGAAGACAUUUUGGGCUUCCUGGGGGAGUUCUCCACAUAUAUUCGUACUCAUGGGGUUCACAUGGUAUUGAAUCACCAGGGCCGCCCAUCAGGAGAUGCCUUUAUCCAGAUGAAGUCUGCGAACAGAGCAUUUAUGGCUGCACAGAAGUGUCAUAAAAAAACCAUGAAGGACAGAUAUGUUGAAGUCUUUCAGUGUUCAGCUGAGGAGAUGAACUUUGUGUUAAUGGGGGGCACUUUAAAUCGAAAUGGCUUAUCCCCACCGCCAUGUAAGUUACCAUGCCUGUCUCCUCCCUCCUACACAUUUCCAGCUCCUGUGGCAGUUAUUCCUACCGAAGCUGCCAUUUAUCAGCCCUCUGUGCUUUUGAACCCACGAGCACUGCAGUCCUCCACAGCAUACUACCCAGCAGGCACUCAGCUCUUCAUGAACUACACAGCAUACUAUCCCAGCCCCCCAGGUUCGCCUAAUAGUCUUGGCUACUUCCCUACAGCUGCUAAUCUUAGCGGUGUCCCUCCACAGCCUGGCACGGUGGUCAGAAUGCAGGGCCUGGCCUACAAUACCGGAGUUAAGAAAAUUCUUAACUUCUUCCAAGGUUACCAGUAUGCAACCGAGGAUGGACUUAUACACACAAAUGACCAGGCAAGGACUCUACCCAAAGAAUGGGUUUGUAUUUAAGGGCCCCAGCAGUUAGAGCAUCCUCAGAAAAGAAGUGUUUGAAAGAUGUAUGAUCCUGAAACCGUCAGACACAAGAAAACUUCUAGCAAUUUCAGGGGAAGUUUGUCUACACUCAGGCUGCAGUAUUUUUAGCAAACAUAAUUGGACAGUAGGCCUGUGCCUUAU